CGACCGGGCUCCGAUCUCGCUUAUGUACCUUGAUAUCGAAAGUGGGCCCUCUCCCUCUCGGCUAAUUUGCUCCGCCGUUGCCUGUCUGGCCUGCCUGGUUCACCCCAGCUCUGAGUGCAGCACAAACGGCGCUGCCAGCCCCCCCUAAACGGCUGCCACAGCGCAGCUUCGGCUCUGUGCUCAGCGGCGUGUCAGUUCUUUCAGUAAACAGCCACAGCGGUCGUCAAACAGCCCAGGCGACCUAGGGUCCACCUUGGCCGCUGCGAGCACGACAUCAUUAGGUGACGGAGGCGACCUGCUGACGUGCGAAAUCGUGACUCUGGCUGCGACGCGGACAGUCCGUCGUCUCGUCCGUCUCCUCCCACCAUCUUCGGUCACCCCCCCCCCCCGCCGCCAGUUAGUCAGUCCGUCGGUCACUUCUACUAUCCGCCAUCCGCAUCCCGAGACUUCUCUCUCUCUCGCUUCCGUCCUCGAUAAUAUCCCCCCCGUUGGUGUUCUCCUUAUCUGUUUGCUCCUUACGGCAAGAAUGAGCUGCGACCAUCUUGUCUCUUCUGUCUGAUUGCUCCUCUAUCUCGCUCUCUCCAUCUGUCUCGUUGCCUGAUCAUUUACCGCCCGUUCCUCCCACAAUCUCCGAAUUGCAAUCCUCCUCCUAUCGAGAUCCGAGAUCCGAAAAGCUCCCAGCAAGAUCCCAAAGCUCCCGGCCGAAGCCGCCAGUCACCAUGGCGCGAGCCACGAGCCCGUCAACUCCGCCAACCCCGUCCGACGACCGGACAGUCGUGGCAACUGUCCUCGACGACGAUGACGAUAACGAUGCAUCUUCCACCAUCAGCCGCUUCAGCUCGCGAUCAUCCUUCGACUCCGAAAGACCCUCCUCCUGGCGCAAGCGCCCAAGCCGCCGUGCGGCCAGCACCCUGCGAGCCAUCUCCUUCGUCGCCGCUCUAAUCUCCGCCCUCUGUGCUGGCUCCAUCACCGUCUUUUCCAUGUACGGCCACAUUUUCCAAGAGCGUCUGCAUUACACCCAGUUCCAGGUCAACGGGCUCGCCAUCAGCAGCUCCAUCGCUCUCUACCUACCCGUCUCGUUUCUCGGCUACAUCUGCGACCGCGUUGGCACACCACCCCUCUCCCUGCUGGCCGCUAUACUGUUCGGCGGCGGCUAUGCUUUGGCUGCCGGCACAUACCGGAAGCUCGAGGCCGAGAACCUGGGAGGCCUGCGCGACUAUGCCGGCAACCGCAUCACCGGUGGUGCCGACUGGACCUAUCCGCUGAUGAUCUUCGCGUUUGUCUGCGUCGGCGUCGGUACCUGUUCCAUGUACCUGGCCGCCGUCGCGACGUGCGCCAAGAACUUUGGUAAGGGGAAGCAUCGCGGUCUGGCUCUCGCUGUGCCCAUCGCCGCCUUUGGAUUGAGUGGCAUGUGGCUAAGCCAGCUUGGCAGCCAUGUAUUUUACGAGCGCCUGCCGGACGGUACGGCCGGAGACCUGGAUGUUUUCCACUUCUUCGUCUUCCUGGCCAUUCUCCUGCUGGUCGUCGGGGUCGUCGGGGCCUUCACUCUGAAGGUUGUCGACGAGGAGGACAUUUUUGAGGAAGCCGCUGAGGAGCUCGAGCGGAGCGGUCUCCUGGAGCGAAGCACUUCAUUCCUCAGCGCGCGCGAGCUUGAACGUAGCAGAGGAUACGGCGCAAUCGGACAAAUCGAUGACGACCCCGAAGAUGGCGGCGUGCUUGGGCCAGCCGAAGACGACGCCAAACUCAGGAAGAAGAUGGUGCUCAAUGCCGAAACGAGAAGCUUUCUGGCCGACAAGACCAUGUGGUGCUUCGCUCUCGGCUUCCUGCUGAUGAUCGGCCCCGGUGAGGCAUUCAUCAACAAUCUGGGCACGGUCAUCGGGACCCUGUAUCCGCCCACCAUGCGCUACGUCGGACCUCCGACUUCGGCUGCGACGCACGUCUCCAUCGUUGGCAUUACGAGCACGGUUGCCCGUCUGGCCACCGGGACCCUGACCGACCUGCUGGCACCCUCGCCACAGACGCAGCACCUGCAGGUUUCGUCGUCGCCGCCAUUCCUCCGCGGGAGGCCAGCCAUCUCCCGCGUCGCAUUUCUCCUGUUCUUCGCCAUUGUGCUGUCCCUCGGCCUGGUCGCCCUGGCUUCCGGUCUCAUUCAGGAGCACGGCGAACGCUUCUGGAUCGUUUCCGGCCUGAUCGGCUCCGGUUACGGAGCCGUCUUCAGUCUGACGCCCAUCAUCAUCACAGUCAUCUGGGGCGUCGAGAACUUUGCGACCAAUUGGGGCAUCGUCGCCAUGUUCCCCGCCCUCGGGUCGACCUUUUGGGGCCUGGUCUACUCGGCCGUGUACCAGUCGGGCGCCGAGAACUCGCCUCAGCGCGACGGCGGCGGGGACGUCUUCUGCUACGGCCAGCAGUGCUACGCGCCGACUUUCUGGGCCAUGGCCAUCACCGUCUGGGUGGCGUGUGGCAUGAUCCUCUUUGCCUGGAAGGGCAAGGGCGGAUGGGCGCAGCGGGGCAUCAUCAUUUAACUCAGCCAGGCCAUCCGCAUUGUAUUUUCAACCAUCACUGCAUCGCAUACAUGCAUUAUCGGGCGUUUAGGUAGGGGGGACAGUGAAAUGGGUAAGGCGUAUGACAUGUAUCGCCAUGCUUUCAUUUGGGUAUAUAUCGCAUAAAGUCAUGAUUAAUCUUCGGGCCAGUCCUGUUUAACCUCUCUCUCUUUCUCUUCCUCAUGAAUUGACCUCCCUGUCUCUCUCGCUUUCUCUCUCGUGUGAUGGAAAGUGCCACCUCCUCUGCCCAAAACUCUUGCCCU